AUGUCGAUCACUGUACCAUCUUUGUGUCCCUUCGAUGCUCUGCCCAACGAAAUGGUUAUGAGCAUCAUCGAGCGCAUUCCAAAUGAGAACGCUAAGGACAUAUGUCACCUUAGUCUGAGCAGCCGGCGGAUGUAUACGCUUUCGCUCGAUCAUUUAUACGGAAACCUUUUCGUACGACGUCCUUGGCCACUACUACGUACGCUAUGUGCAAAUCCAGAGCUUGGAAAUCGAGUCCGAAACCUCACAUGGAAGCACGGUUUCGACGAUCACGACGAUACUGAGGAGAACCGAGCUGUUUUCCUUAUAUGCAUUAGGAUUAUGGGGCUACCAGAGAAGGACAGAUUAAUGUCUAAUGCUAGUGGCACACGACGCGAUGACGAAUUUCUCGAAAUACUUCUCAUGUUCACCCCGAAUGUCGAUACACUUGUCGUCGCAGACAAAGCCUUCUGGCCAGAUGACAAAUACUGGUUCACGACUAUAGCGAACCAUUCGGAUCGUUUCAUACACCUAAGGAGCAUCAACAUACACGGUCCGCUGUCGUUAGAAGCCAUUGCAUACAUUUUCCUCCUUCCUUCACUCCACGAUUUUACCGCUUCGGACUUAGUGCUCCUCGAUCAGAACAACAAACGCCCGGCUUGGGACCAAGACAUUCCGAUUCAGACUGUGCUAGAUCCCGCAUCUUCUCAAGUCCAGGAAAUCACGCUGAAACGAUCCGUUGUGGAGGUGCCGACGCUGAGAUACUUCACCGAAGCUUGCAGGAAUUUGAAGAGUUUCUCCUACGAACAAGACAUCAAUAAUGGUAAUAGCAGGACUAUACGAACUCUGUGUAAGGCAUACGCUGACUUCGCAUCUUCUCCUUGGCAGAUCAACGCGGCAUAUACUCUCCAAGCCUCUUGA